CAAAGAAUCAAAAUGCCAAAAAGUCAAAAAAGUGUCCUAGUUUUUUUUCGGGGGAAAAAAAGCGUCUUUGUUGAUAAGCUUAGCAAAUGCAAAUAAAUCAAAUACUAUCAAACAAGAAAGGAAGACAAGAUUGCAAGAUGGAAAAUCAAGGAGCAGAAGACGCUAUGGCGGAAGAGGAAGCACACCCAUAUGCUUUUCACGUUUCUGGGCCUCGAAAUAUUGCUUCUCCCAAUUGGAGAGACCUUAUCAAUUCCAGUUGGAAGAAUGAGAACUACAAGAGAACUGUAAUUGCCUGCUUUAUUCAAGCAGUCUACUUGCUUGAGCUUGAUAGACAGGAGAACAGAACAGAAGAGAAUGCCCUUGCUCCAAUGUGGUGGACACGCUUCAAGUACAAACUAACCCAAACAUUAAUUGAUGAAAGAGAUGGAUCAAUAUUUGGUGCAGUGUUAGAAUGGGACAGAUUUGCAGCAUUUGCUGAUAUGAUACUUGUCAGACCUAGUGGAGCACCUAAAGCUGUUUUAGCACUCCGAGGAAAACUACUUAAAAGCCCAACAAUCCGAAGGGAUAUUGAAGAUGACCUUCGUUUUCUUGCUUGGGAAAGCUUGAAGGGUUCUGUUAGAUUCAAAUUGGCACUGGAAGCAUUAAAAUCAGUUGCUGAAAGCUAUGGAAGCUGCAAUGUAUGCAUUGCAGGCCAUUCUUUGGGUGCUGGCUUUGCUUUCCAAGUGGGAAAAGCAUUAGCUAAAGAAGGGAUAUAUGUGGAAGCCCAUUUAUUCAAUCCUCCCUCAAUUUCUAUAGCAAUGAGCUUAAGGAAUAUUGGGGAAAAAGCUGGAUCUGCUUGGAAGAAAAUUAAAUCUAUGCUUCCUUCAAAUGGUGAAUCUCAGGCCACCGAUGAUAUGGAGGACAAAGCUUCUAUGGUGGGAUUGAGGAAUUGGGUACCCAAUUUCAUAGAUAAAACUUCUGUGGGAUUGAAAAAAUGGGUACCACAUUUAUAUGUGAACGACAGUGAUUACAUUUGUUGCUAUUACACCAACCCUGAUGGACCUGAAGAUAAAAACGCUAAUAAGGAGAAUCUAGGUCGUGCAAAUAUUAUAAAUGGACAAGUUGCAGCAAAGUUGUUUGUCAUGUCUAAGGGAAAACAAAAGUUUCUUGAGGCUCAUGGCUUAGAACAAUGGUGGUCUGAUGAUGUGCAACUUCAAAUGGCUCUCCACAACAGCAAGCUGAUAAGCAGGCAGCUGAAAUCCUUGUAUAACCUACCAGCUUCUCAACCAACACAAUGACACACUAGUUGGUGGUGGUUCAUUGUUUUUGCUAAAUAACUCAUUAUACUGCCAUUCUGGUGUUGGGAAUUUGUAUAUGCUACAGAUUUUGGAGAAAUAGAUUUCAUAUUCAUUGUUUGUAAGAUUUGCAAGAGAAGCUUUGCAGUUCAUCUACUCAAUAAAUGUCUACUUACCUAAA